AACGAUGAACACGGCCAUUCUCCGUCGCGCUGGUGGCGGCCGCGCUCUGGCGCGGCGCCUCGCUGCUGCCCCGCGUGCCGCCCCCGCUGUUGUCAGGAACUACGGCGACAAAGCAAAGUCGACGGAAGAGCUCUUCGAGACACCGCCCCUCCCGCUCAACAAGCAGUACCGCGCGCCGAAGGGCUGGGACGACCCGCAGAUGCGUCGCAACUUUGGCGAUCCGAUGCACGAGCAGGAAGAGCUUGUGUCAAUGUGGGGUCCGGAUAUCCCUGUCAUUGACCCCUCCAUCGCCUUGAGGCACUUCACCAUCGCCUUCAGCAUCUUUGCUGGCAUCUACGCCCUCUCUUGCGCCGCCUCCCCUCAAAUUCCUGCCAUCCGCCGUGAAUACCCGCAUGAUGGCCUGAAGAACGCUUUCGGAGGCUACGAUCAGGCGCGGCCAGAGAGCAUUGAGGAAGAAGAUUGAGUAGCAUGCCAUCCAAUGCAAUACAUCCUUUUCGCACUGCUAGAAGCAACGCGGCGCGAAGUCGCACUGGAAGCCCGAAUAUUGUCCUUUCGCGAAUGAACGUUCUUUUACCGUCCUUCCUCCCCACAAUCUGCCUGCGAGGGUAUCGGGGUCUACGCAAGAUAAUAUGCCUGAUAGCCUCUGCUCUGUCCCUGGAUCGUGACCAGACGUUG